CACAGAUCUUUAAAGAGGAGAGAGGACUGUACCAGGACAAGGUGUUCUGCUUCAUCCAUCUGAGUGUUCAGGAGUUUCUGGCUGCUCUUCAUGUCCAUCUGACCUUCAUCAACUCUGGACUCAAUCUGAUGGAAGAACAGCAAACAUCCUCCCAGAAGUCUGAAACAGGAGAAUAUGCAGAGAAACACUUCUAUCAGAGUGCUGUGGAUAAGGCCUUACAGAGUUCAAAUGGACACCUGGACUUGUUCCUCCGCUUCCUCCUGGGUCUUUCACUGGAGACCAGUCAGACUCUCCUACAAGGUCUGCUGACACAGACAGGAAGUAGCUUAGAGACCAAUCAGGAAACAGUCCAGUACAUCAAGGAGAAGCUCAGUGAGAAUCUGUCUGCAGAGAAAAGCAUCAAUCUGUUCCACUGUCUGAAUGAACUGAAUGAUCGAUCUCUAGUAAAGGAGAUCCAGAAAUCCAUAAGUUCACGAAGUCUCUCCACAGAUAAACUGUCUCCUGCUCAGUGGUCAGCUCUGGUCUUCAUCUUACUGUCAUCAGAAAAAGAUCUGGAUGUGUUUGACCUGAAGAAAUACUCUGCUUCAGAGGAGGCUCUUCUGAGGCUGCUGCCAGUGGUCAAAGCCUCCAACAAAGCUCUACUUAGUGGCUGUAACCUCUCAGAGAGAAGCUGCAAAGCCCUGUCCUCGGUCCUCGGCUACCCGUCCGCCAGUGUGACUGAGCUGGACCUGACUAACAACAACCUGGAGGAUUCAGGUGUGAAACUCCUGUCUGCAGGACUAGCAAGUCCAAAAUGUUCACUGGAAGCUCUCAGUCUGUCAGGCUGUCUGAUCACAGAGGAAGGCUUUACUUCUCUAGCCUCAGCUCUAAGCUCCAACCCCUCCCAUCUGAGAGAGCUGGACCUGAGCUAUAAUCAUCCAGGGGACUCAGGAAUGAAGCUGCUGUCGGCUGGACUGAAGGAUCCAGGCUGGAGACUGGACACUCUCAGGUAUGGAGAGAAUGUCUGAUAGAGGAGGAAGAGC